CGAAAGGAAACAUGUGAGUGCACUGAAGAGCAUGCAACAGACAACUUACUGCAACUUUUGAUCACACGCAUCAACCUUUGUGCACCAACGGGAUUUAACUUUUGGGAAAGGAGACGUACAAUUUCUGUAUAUAGCCUAAUCCGAUUACUUUUUUUAAUUUUAUUUUUUUUAUUUCUUAUUAGAACACAGUAUCAUGUUUUUUCUCACUUUUUCAACAUAAUAACCAGCACUUGUCUUAAUUUAUUAUAGUAAUUGCUUUCUCUUUUUUCGUUCUAUUACUAUUAUUUAAUUAAACUGCUUUAUUAGCAAUUACUUGCUCAAAAUUAGUAAUUCUAUAACAACUUUCUGGACGCUUGGGGACUGUCAUACAGCAGUCCUGAUUUCUGAACAGUCGCGUGUUCCGCUUUUGGUUUAAUCCCUCUGAAAAUGAUGCAUUUGAAAUUUGUGCUCUUGUUGGCCAUCGCGGCCAAUUUUUGGGAAUGUAGUGAUGCGAAAUUCGACGAGAAAGGAGAAUUAAGUCCAAGGAGGAGGAGAUGUUACGAUGGAAGUCUGCCGAAACGCCUGAAGAAGAAGGAGAGAAAACAGUCACUGGAGGGAAGCGGCGGAGGGGAGGUUUGUCACAGGCUCUAUCCUCGCGUGUCCUGCUGUCCGUCCAGAAGAGCUCCGUAUCAGAUCCUCCAUCGGAGAGAUGCUCGGAUCUUCUCAACCAAUAACACAGAGUGUUCUAGACUGCUGGAGGAGAUUAAGUGUGCCCAUUGCUCACCACAUGCCCAGAUGCUCUUCCACUCGCCCAAACUUGAAAAGGCACCACACAGAGAACAAGAUCUACCCCGCUUAUGUCACGACUACUGCCAAGAGUUCUACUACACCUGCCGGGGACACAUACCAGAACUGUUCCAAGCUGACGUGGACGAGUUCUGCCAGUACUAUGGAAGGAAGGACGGAGGCCUGUGCUUUCCAGAUUUUCACAGAAAGCAACUGCGCAGAGAUUCCAACUACCUGUUAGAUGAAAAAAUAGAAGUGAUUAACAGAAAACAUAAACACAACUGCUACUGCACUCAGGAGAUCCUUAGUGGUCUUCAACAGCCUGUUGGUGUGGUGCAUUGUGGGGAUGGAUCACAGCGGCUUUUUAUUUUGGAGAAGGAAGGCUUUGUCCGUGUCCUAACACAUGACAUGGAGCUUUUGAAAGAGCCUUUUCUGGACAUUCAUAAGCUGGUCCAAAGCGGCAUAAAGGGAGGAGAUGAAAGGGGCUUGCUAAGCCUUGCAUUCCACCCCAAUUAUAAGAAAAAUGGAAAGCUCUAUGUCUCCUACACGACCAACCAAGAGCGCUGGGCUAUCGGACCACACGACCACAUUCUUCGUGUAGUCGAGUACACUGUGUCCAGGAAAAACCCAAACCAGGUGGACACAAGGACCACUCAGGUUUUAAUGGAAGUAGCUGAGCUCCACCGAAAGCAUCUGGGAGGGCAGCUCCUCUUUGGCCCUGAUGGGCUUCUGCACAUCUUUUUAGGUGAUGGCAUGAUCACUUUGGACGAUAUGGAGGAGAUGGAUGGGCUGAGUGAUUUCACAGGAUCUGUCCUUCGGGUGGAUGUGGACACAGAUUGCUGUAGCACCCCUUACUCUAUACCCAGAAACAACCCCUAUUUCAACAGCACAAAUCAGCCCCCUGAAAUCUUUGCCCAUGGACUGCAUGACCCAGGGAGGUGUGCAGUGGAUAAGCUCCGCAUCGACACCAAUGGGAGUCUGCUGAUCCUGUGCACAGAUACUGUUGGCAAAAAUACGACAACAGGCAGGAUCCUACGGGUCAUCAAAGGGAAAGACUACGAAAAUGAGCCAUCUGUGUUUGAUUUGGGGUCAAAUGAAGGUGCCGUCCCAGUUGGUGGAUUCAUCUACCGGGGAUGCCAGUCAAGAAGACUUUAUGGAAGUUAUGUAUUUGGAGACAAAAAUGGGAACUUCAGAAUUCUGCAGAGGCCUUCAGAAGACAGGUCGUGGCAAGAGAAGCCUCUUUGUCUUGGUACAAGCAGUUCCUGUGGUUCCUCGCUGGUCGGCCACAUCCUGGGAUUUGGCGAAGAUGAAUUAGGUGAGGUCUACAUCCUCUCUUCGAGCAAAAGCACGGCGAUACAGUCGCACAACGGAAAACUCUACAAGUUGGUGGACCCUAAAAGACCACAGGUCCCUAAGGAGUGCAGACGUCCAGUAGAGGAUCUAGAGAUGCUAAGCACCGCUUGCUCCCGUGAAUGCAAGAAUGGCCACUGUACACCAACCGGCAAGUGCUGCUGCAGUUCUGGUUGGGAUGGCCCCUUCUGUUUACGAGCCAAAUGUGAUCCGGCCUGUCGCAAUGGCGGGGUCUGCGUGGAGCCCAACAAGUGUCUCUGCAAGGAAGGUUUCUCUGGCAGCCAGUGCGAGAAAGGAGAGCGAGGGACACGAGGGGAUGGCGAGAAAGACAGCAUCGUGGAGCACAUCAUUGACAUGACAUCUUACCUGCUGGACCUCACCAGUUAUAUUGUAUAAAAAGCAGGGCAGGUUGAUAACACGCUCUUCACUGGUUGGAAGGCCUUUUAAUAGUUUGCCUUCAGGACACCAUCCCCAAUCUCCAACUGCCCCUCACCUGAUCCUCCUCUCCCACCACUGUUUCAUGAGCCACAGGCUUUGAUCUCCAUGCUCCCCUACACCAUCUGCACUCCCACCCCUAUGCACAAAUACACAUGGAAAACAAUAAUGGGAUGGCCAAUGGGACCUCAAGGCGUAUAGCUGAAGGGGUCGCAUGUUGGAGGUCCCACGCAGGGCUCCUCGGUUGUUAGUGCUGGUAUGGUGUGUAAAGUCUGGUUCGCUUUAAAGUCAAGUGUCCCUGCAGGUGGACUCGCAAAGUACUGGAAGCCCCACAUGAGACCAACUCGGAUGUUCGGUCCAAUCCCAACAUGGGGACCGGUUUGUACUACAGGACUAAUUGGGAUUUUAGGGAGUCAAGAAUAGCAACACUCAUUUAGGAAAGUCAGAUGGACAGUCUACCAAACUGAACUGCACCAUUAAGAAAAUCAUUGCCAUGGAUUCACAGGUUGACUGAAGAACGGAGGGGAAGUAGCUGUCAAUACAGCCGCAAAACCAGACUUAGUCUUAUCCAGUGGGUCUGUGUAUAACUGGAGAAUCAUUAUGAUGGGACUAGAUGCCAGUUUACAUGCAGUUUAGAAACGGAUCUGCUCAAAUGUCAUCCAUAUAAUUGCUGAAACGCUCAAUGAGGAUCCAGCAAAACUGAAUAUUGGUUGUAUCCCAUUGGUGUUUCAUUUAGAUGAAAACGUCAAGUGAAAUGUAAAUCUGUAAGAAUAUUUGGAGAGUCACUUUGAUUACGUUAAUUUAAUACAGUAGUUGGAGAUUUCUGGUUAAGAGGUAACUGCUCUGGUUAAAGUUGCAGUAUCAGCUAUAUUAUUUUCCAAUAGUUGUUCAUGACCAUGCACGCUGCUUUCAUUGCAAAUUGUAUAUCUUAUCAUAUUUUAAAAUGUUCAUAUAUCUUCUUUCUGUGUGAUAUUGAACAUAGAAGCUUGUUUUUUCUUCAUAUGGAAACCCCUUGUAAGGUGAUUUUAUCAAAUACUACAAUCUUUUCACAGAUUCUUUCACUCACAAUGGGAUGCCUCAUUUUCUGCAUUUUUUUUUUUUAUAAACACCAAACCA